CCCUGCUACGGUGACUUUGCGGUCAUCACGUCUGGACGUUCCUUGGUAGCUUCUUAUCUCAGCAGUGUUCGGCAGAGAGUUUCGCUUCAUUCUGGAUCUGGUCCUGUGGGCAAGACCGAGCCAAAACUUUCAAUCCAGUACACCUGCGGCGUUUGCGGCACUCGCCAGGGCCCAAAAACAUUUUCUCGUACCUCAUACGAAAAGGGAGUGGUCAUUGUAACCUGUGACCAUUGCAAGAACCACCACAUCAUUGCCGAUAAUCUAGGGUGGUUUCAGGAUUUCAAGGGUAAAAAUAUCGAGGAGAUUCUACAAAAACGUGGAAUCACUGUUAAAAGAGGGAUUACAGUGGAACCGGAUGCUAAACCUGUAGAGGAGGGCAAGGGGAAAGAUGAGUAGUAGCUUAUAUGCCGGCCAUGUACCUCUUUCGUCUGCCUCCCGAUUUUUGCUGGGUGUAGGCUCUGCAGCUAUGGCGAUCACUGAUCCACGCAGGGGAGACAUGGUUGCAGCAAUGGGUGAGGCUACUGCGUUUGAGUCUGUGCUUGAAAGAAUUCGCCAACGCAUGGCCAGUGAUGUUUUGGGGGCUCGUCUCUUGGAAGAACGUCCACGAGUUACGAAUGUUACUGUGAAUCGUGAAUAUCUCAAUUCUUUGCCUGACAAUACCUUUGGAAAAGCUUAUGCCAAAUUCCUUGAUGGCUUACAUACUUCUCCCGAUGCAAGACCUCCUGUGAGAUUUGUUCAAAACAAGGAUCAUCUCUACGUGAUGCAGCGUUACCGUGAAACGCAUGAUUUCAAUCAUGUUCUCCUGCAAAUGCCUACUCAUAUGCUUGGCGAGGUCACCGUGAAGUAUUUCGAAGGAAUCCAAUUUGGACUACCGAUGUGUGUAACAGCUGGCAUAUUUGGAGCUGGGAGAUUGCGUACAAAGCAUCGUCACAGAUUUCUUACGAAGUAUCUGCCAUGGAUCAUCGAACAAGCAACAAAAGCACGGUUUUUCAUGGCCAUAGAUUGGGAGAAUCAUUGGGAGGAGACAAUAGCAGAUUUACAAAAGAAAUUUGAUGUGACUCCGCUUGACUCCUUUGAGAGCUCUAAGCUUCGAUCUGUUUAGGGGCCCGAUGGCAGCGUUACUUAUCUUUCACACAUGGUUGUUGUAUCUUCACUAAUUACUCAGAUAAUCUGUGAUGUUUUGAUUACUGGUGUAGAGGUUUUUCAUCCUUGUUCUGCCUCUUGUCAUUUGUUUGCAUAGACUUUAGAUGCUCAAAUAAAUGUAAUCGAA